CCGGAUGUCGCAGCGCUCUUGUCAAGUUGGGGCUUCGCUGCCUGUUGGCGAUUUGGCUUCCUAUUUUCAGCUGCAAACAACUGAUGACGAGGUUGGCGAUGGCGAUGAUGUGUCGAUGGCUUCGAUAUCGUCGUCCGACGAUGACGCGACGGACAACGAAGAAGCGCUACCCGUCGAGGAAGACAGCGAUGACGCUACGCUCCCUCCUUCACCUCACAAUCAUUCUCCUUCAUCACCAGAUCCUCAUUUAUCACUUCCUGCUACUUCUCUACCUGCCAAUUCACCCCCUACUUCCCAUUCAGCUCCCUCUUCCUCAGUCACUGCUGUUUCUGUGUCAUCAAUGUCAACUCGCCAACAGCCAGCUCGUCGUCGAGCAACUCAAAAACGUCAUUCACCAGCUUCCUAGUAUGAGUCAUCUGACUCUGAGCCUGAGCCAGCUGCCCGUCUUGAUCGCCGCACUGAUGCACUGCCUGUCGAGCAUUUGUGCCAUGUUCCACCUGUUGAUGAUUACCAACGGCAAUUACCACAAUUUGCACCACGAAGGCCUGCUGGAUUCUACCCUCCUCAACCGUAUCCUACCACUGCUGUAGGAUUCUUUAAAUUGUUUUUUACCGACAACA